UAUUUUAUAAAUAGGUAUAUAAAAUUUUGUGAACUUCAACGCCAAGUUCAAUGACCUCUGAAAGUUUUAAAGCAAGUUUUUAAUUAAUUUUUAGAGUAAAAAAAUAAAAGAAGCUCUCAAUUUGACCGAUACCAGAGAAUGUGUUGAAACUACCAAGUUCAUAACAGUACACUCAUUAGAAAACAGAAUAGGGCUUCUUUGAAGAAAAAGAUAUUUCAGUAAUUAGCUACUUAAGUUGAUUAAAAAUCAAAUUUUAUCGUGAAAUAUUCUAACUGAUGAAGUGAAUCCUAUCUCCCAAGAUGGAUAAAAUAUAUUUUACAGUAAAUGGAGAGCAUUAUUCUCUUUCGGGUUCCGAGGUCAGUCCCCUGACGUCGCUAUACGACUACCUCCAUAAUUACCUGCAACUGUUUGGCACUAAAGCGAUGUGCCACGAGGGCGGCUGUGGCGCUUGCAUCGUGUCUGUUACUCGGACCCAUCCCGUCACCAAAGAGAAGGAAACCAUCGCUGUCAACUCGUGCGUGGUCCACAUACUAUCGUGUCACCAAUGGGACAUAACCACAGUGGAAGGAGUGGGUAACCGCAAGGACGGCUACCACGCCAUACAGACGAGGCUGGCCGCGUUCAACGGGACCCAGUGCGGCUACUGCACGCCUGGCUGGGUCCUGACUAUGUACAGUCUAUAUCAAAGCUUCAACACUAAGCUAUCAGUCCAGGAGGUGGAAAAAUCUUUCGGCGGCAACCUGUGCCGUUGCACCGGCUACAGGCCCAUUUUAGAUGCUUUCAAAAGCUUCGCGAAUGACUUUGAUCCAGAAUUGAAAGACAAGUUGCAGGAUGUAGAAGAUUUACACGUUGUGAAAUGUCUAAAGAAAUGCGAGAAACGAUGUAGUGUAGUCGAUGAAGAUUGGUGCGUACUACACAAUAAACGGGAGCAGUUGAUGGAAGUCGGUGGACCGAAAAGCCGAUGGUACAAAGCGUUUACGAUACCGGAUGUAUUCAAGGUACUAAGUAAAGAAGGAUUGGAUAGCUAUAAAUUGAUAUCUGGCAAUACUGGAGUAGGAGUUUUCAAUCCGUAUUGGUCUCGGCCACCACGCGUGUUCUUAGACAUCUCCUCUAUCGAGGCUAUCAAGGAUUACUACGUCGACGUGAACCUUGUGAUUGGGGCCGGAGUGACACUUACAGAAUUUAUGGACAUAUGCAAGACUAUCGGAAAACGAGACGACUUCAAUUACUUGAAGGGUUUCUACGACCAUUUGGAUCUGGUGGCUCAUACUCCAGUUAGAAACAUUGGCACCAUCGGCGGCAAUUUGGCUUUGAAACAUGAAAACAUACAGUUCCCUUCGGAUAUUUAUCUGUUGCUGGAACUCAUCCAAGCUAUGGUCACAUUAGUAAGCAAUGAUCUUAAAGAGACUACAUUGAGUAUGCAAGACUUCAUGAAGACUGAUUUGAAAAAUAAAAUUAUAACUCAUAUAAAACUACCGCCUGUUUCGUCGCGUUGCGUGACUCGGAGUUACAAGAUCAUGCCACGGGCUCAGAACGCUCUAGCCAUAGUGAAUGCAGGGUUCUUCUUUAAAUUAAACCGUGAUAACAAAGUAGAGGAAGCUCGUAUAGUGUAUGGCGCCAUCUCGCCUACCUUCGUACGUGCGAGAGAGACGGAGAACGCCUUAGUCGGCCAGGAUUUGACCAAUGAGAAGACGUUACAGAUAGGUUUGAGGAGUUUAAAUGAGGAAUUGAUACCGGCGGAUAAUCCGACGAGUAUGUCGCCUUUGUGUAGGAAGAAUAUCGCUUUAGGACUGUUUUAUAGGGCAAUCUUAUCUCUGAAUCCAUCGGAAUCAUUGAACUCUCGGUACACAUCGGGUGCCUCCGCGAUAUAUCGCGAAGUAUCGCGCGGUACUCAAACCUUCGACACUGAUAAAACGCUGUGGCCACUCAACAAACCAAUGCCGAAGCUGGAGGCGCUUGCGCAGUGUUCCGGUGAAGUGGCAUACGCUUGUGACGUAGUUCCGUCCCGGAAGGAAGUGCACGUCGCUUUUGUACUCUCCACGAUAUGUCUCGGCGAAAUCGACCAUAUCGACGCCAGCGAAGCUUUGAAAACCCCUGGAGUAGUAGGCUUCUUAACGGCCAAAGAUAUACCAGGGGAGAACAGUUACAUACCAAGCAAUGCUCCCUGGUACGAAUUCCAAGUAGAAUUGCUGGCUACAAAGAAAAUAUCUUACUACGGACAACCGAUAGCUUUAAUCGCAGCUAAUACGCAAACACUAGCGAUAUCCGCGGCCGAUCUUGUGAAAGUUACGUAUAGAAAGAGCGAAGUUAAACCAGUUUUGAGUAUAAAAGAAGCUUUGGUGGCACCAGAUCGGGAUGAACGGCUUCGAGAAGACGCUAACAUACAACCGAAAGACAAAGGCGACGACACAACCCACGUUAUAAAGGGCAGUUACUACAUCCCAUCUCAGUACCACUUCACUAUGGAAACACAGAGUUGUCAUGUUUCGUACAACGAGGAUAUCCUUGUGGUCAGAUCUGCUACCCAAUGGCCAGACUUGGUCCACAUCGCCGUGGGUAAAAUGCUUGGGAUUGAUCAGAAUAGGGUUCGCGUAGUAGUGAAUCGUAUUGGGGGAGGCUAUGGUGCGAAAGGAUCGCAAUCUUCACUAGCCGCCUGCGCAUGCGCAUUGGUAACGCGCGUGCUGCAGCGACCCGCGGCCAUAGUGCUGCCGUUGACGCACAAUAUGCGCGUCUAUGGGAAACGGAUGCAAUGCCGCGCCGAUUACGAGGUGGGCGUAGACGACAACGGUGUGAUCCAAUACAUGAAUGUAGUUUACUACACGGACUGCGGUAGUAACUACAACGACACUUCAUGUGCUGAAAUAGCAUCUACUCUUAUUAACCUAUAUGCCAGUGAUACAUGGACAAUACGAGGGUACAGCGUGCUUACUGAUAAACCACCCAAUACUUGGUGUAGAUCACCAGGAACUACCGAAGCUACAGCCAUAAUGGAACAUAUAAUGGACCGAAUAUCCUUCGCCACUAAAAAGGACCCAAUCGACGUGCGAAUCUCAAACUUAUCCCCCAAGCACAAUGGCAUAAAAGACAUGAUCUAUGAAUUCGUAAAAGACACUAAUUACAAUGAGCGUAAGGCUCAAAUUACCGUGUUUAAUAAAGACAAUGCGUGGAAGAAGAAAGGUUUAAAGUUGGCUAUAAUGUGUUUCCCUGUUAAAUAUGGAUUUAAUAUACCCGUGACUGUGUCUGUGUAUCAUGGGGAUGGAACCGUGGCAGUGUCUCAUGGAGGGAUAGAAAUGGGACAGGGGAUUCAUACUAAAGUGGCUCAGGUGUGCGCUUACACAUUAAAAAUACCUCUGGAGAAAAUUUCCAUGCUAGAAACGGAUAGUUUCAUAUCCCCAAACUCAGUGGUCACCAGUGGUAGUUUUACUAGCGAAUGUGCAGCCUAUGCUGCCUUGAAGGCUUGCCAGGAUCUGAUGAUGAAACUGGAGCCAUUGAAAAAUGGACAGAAUCUACCGUGGGAGGAAGUCAUUAAGAAAGCUUAUGACCAAGGCAUCAACCUCCAAAGCACCUAUAUGAUGUCCCAAAAGGUGGACAAUCUGAAAGAAUACGACGUUUACGGCGUUUGUAUUGCAGAGACUGAGUUGGAUGUUUUAACUGGCCAACACCAGGUCGCCAGGGUCGACUUCCUGGAAGAUGUGGGUGUUAGUUUGAGCCCAGAAGUGGACGUGGGACAGAUAGAGGGCGCCUUCAUAAUGGGUUUGGGCAUGUGGUGCACUGAGCAUCUCAUCUACGACAGUUCCGGCCGAUUACUAACGGAUAAUACGUGGCUGUACCACGUACCUGGGGCCAGAGAUGUGCCUGUCGACUUUAGGGUAAAUUUCAGAAGAAAUGCACCCAACCCCGCAGGUGUACUGAGGUCUAAAGCGACCGGCGAGCCAUCGCUAACGUUAUCAGUGACCGUGUGUCAUUCGCUCAGGGAAGCUAUACUGGCCGCUCGGAAGGAAUUCGGAUACAAGGAUGACCAAUGGCUUGACAUCGAGGCUCCGUUCACCGUUGAAAAUAUACUCAAAGCGAUCUCACCAAAACAUGAAAGUUUCAAAAUGAAGUGACAUCAUCUCUCUGUUGGAAUAUAUUGAUAUGGUUGAUCACAAAUAUAUAUGUUUUAAGAUAAUGAUUAUUACAAAUAGUGUUAGCAGGUGCUAUGACUUGUAUUUAUAUUUACCAGAAUAAAUUUUUAUACACGCA